AUACGAUUUAUUUUUAAUUUAGAGUGUUGCUUUUUAUAAGUUUAUUUUACUGGUGACAAUGACCAGAAUUUUUCUGUGUUUCUUCUCUUACAUUUUAUUAAAUGGACAAAUUCUUAGUUGCCUGGCUCAAGGAAUACAAGGGUGCACUAACAGCGACUUUGUAUACGACUGUAAAAUGAAAAACUUAAACAAGAUACCAACUACUUUUCCAACUGGAGUACGAACUGUAGACCUCAGCAAUAACUCAAUUUCGAAUGUCUCUUCUAUUCCUGAAACUAGCAGUCUGAUCCACCUUGACCUUUCAUCCAAUGGAGUAUCAACACUGAUGUAUGAUGCAUUUGACAACCUUGAUAAUCUGGAAACCUUAAUUUUGAGCAACAAUAACAUUGAAAGAGUUACGGAUGAUAUAUUUGAAUGGAACCCUUUGAAAUUGCAGGUAUUGCGACUAGAUAAUAAUAAAUUGGAAUUCAUUCAACAUUUUCUGUUGUAUGACCUGGAUAAGUUGGAAGAACUCGAUUUUCAUAACAAUAACAUCUCCUUUAUUCAUCCUCAUGCAUUUGCUCAUCUGUCGCAUCUGACUCGACUCAGACUCAACGGCAACAAUUUGUUUACGUUUGAACAUAAAUGGAUAAGUGGAAUGAAAUCAAACCUUAUGACGGAUUUAAGAUUUGAAAAUAAUCCAUGGUCCUGCGAUUGCGCAAUGACACCUCAUGUGAAAUGGAUGAAAAGUGCAAAAUGGUUUCAACAUUUGAUUCGUGGACAAGCUUUUACAUGUCAUAGCCCAGCUAAUUUAAAGGAUCGAAAUGUAUUAUCACAAACCGCAACGGUGAUGAAUACAACAUGUGAUCUACCAACUAUCACCCAAAUCUCACAAAACUCUCAGUUGCAUGUCGGUGACACCAUUGAACUGCGUUGUGUUGUGAGUGGAAUACCACAUGCAACUAUCACAUGGACAGCACCAAACGCAGACAAGUACAAUUUUCACAAUGCAGAUAGGUUUGAAGGUAUAGAAGCAUAUCAGAAUGGCACACUAGUCAUUCACAAGUUUAAAACUGAGGACUUUGGCACUUAUAACUGCACUGCAACUAAUUUUAAGGGUUCUGUGCAGUAUAAAACCAAAGUUACACAAGCAACUGGACCAAAUGACACCCCUGUGGAUAAGCCAGCUGAGACCAAAGUAAAUAAAGAUACUAUGGUAAUUAAACAGCACAGCAGUCAAUGCCCCAAAAACUGUACUUGUUUAGCAAGCAACACAGAUUGUUCUGGAGAUGGUAGUUCCACAGAAGGAGGAUGGCAAGAAGUACCACAGGGCAUGCCUGCAGCCAGUACAACAAUAAGUCUUACUUCAAAUAGUAUUAGAACCAUUCAGGCGACAGACUUUGCAUCCUUUACUGAUUUGUCAGAGUUGCGUUUGGACAAGAACAAAAUUGCAUCCUUUGCUGCUGGGGCUCUCGAUCACAACAGCAAAAUCACAACACUGACAUUACGUGGUAACAAGUUAACCAGCUUUCCCAACCACUUAUUCAAGAACUUAGUAAAGCUGAGCAUUCUUGUUUUGGACAACAAUGAAUUAGAAAUGAUACACGCCAAGUGGUUUGCUGGUUUGAAUAAACUACAAUGGUUGUACAUACGUAGUAACAAAAUUACCAACAUUCAACCUCACGCAUUCCAAGGACUCACUGCCCUACGGUUUAUUCAUAUGGAGCAGAACCUUCUUACUUCUCUGAGUUUGGAAACUAUACAAGAUCUUACCCAAAUGGAUCAAAAAGUUAUUCAAAAAAUAUUUGUCGCCGGGAAUCCUUUCGAUUGUCAAUGCAGUAUGAAUGAUUUGAGACACUAUCUGAAACAAAACAGAAAUCUGAAGACAUUGUUUGGCGAGGGGAUUCAAUGCGAAUUUCCUGCUAAACUGGAUGGAAUGUUUUUAACUAAUUUUAAUGAAAGUGUCUCAUGUCCGGUAUUACGCACCAUUGAAGGAAAUGCAAAUGGCGCUGUGUGUCAUUUUCCCUUCCAAUACAAAAAAAGCUCCUACAGCACUUGUAUUACUGUUGGGCGAUCAGACAACCGCUUAUGGUGUGCAACAACUGCUAACUUUGACAGUGAUAAUACAUGGGGUUUCUGUAAUCCAGCUGAAGAAACAAAUCAACCAAUUAAUGUCCACAUUCAGAGCAGCAGUAAUCCAAAUGGAACGUAUACAGCUAUGUGGUUUGCAGGGGCAGCUGUAGGAAUAAUUAUAUGCAUUGCAAUCUUCUAUGUGUGGAAGAAAAAUCGCUGCAACUUCAAGAGCGGUUCAAUGAGCUACCGGAAUAUUCCAGGCAAUGAUGAAGUUGAAGAACAUAGAUCUCUCACUGCUGGCAACCACACCAGUGGAUCCGAAGCAUUUGUCUAGACCAUUUUACCAGCACACAAAUAUAUUAAACAGGAAAAAUCUUUUCUACAGAAUUUUUACACAAGUUUUAAUUGGCCAGCAAGUAAUUAAUUUUAGGUUGACAGCUGGUUGUUUUAGGUAUUUUCAUCAAAUUUCUUGUAGUGGAUUUUAAGUUAGCCUUCUGCAGUACUUUAUGUAACUUUCUCUUGUAAACUGAUCAUGGUAAAUGAAAUAUUUUGAAUCUAUAACUGCAUAUGUAUCUAUGUAUGAAAUGAGUGUUGAUUUUUGUUGUGUACUGAUGUUGUGGGUUUGUUAGCAAUUAUAUCCUCCCCACUUUAUUACUAAGAAUUUCCAACUGCACACUUUCCUCUGCCCUUUUCUAACUGUUUUACUUUUAAUCUUAUAUUUUUAAUAAUGAAUUCAUAUUUCAUAUAACUAUCAUUCGCCUUACUGCUUUAGUAUUGCCAACACAAUCACUUCGCCUCAUUUUGAAUCAGUUGCAGCACAGAGAAAAGGAAUGCUCAACUCUAUAUGUGAAUAUAUUUACAGAAACCCAUCUUUUCCAUGCACUUUCCACACUUUUCAUUGUGUUUGUGAUCAAUCGUGCCUUGGGCCAAGUAUCAUUGGUACAUAUCUUCAGUUGGCGUCUUUUGUGGCAGUUUUAUACUUUCCACUGAUGUACGAGAAUUCUGUGUGUUAUAUAUCGGCCAUGUGUAUUUUGUAACAUAUGAAGUGCCACUCAUAUUUAUAGGUAUUAUAAUCUUUUUUGUCCGCCAUUUUUUCUAGGUAGUGCGAUCGCUCGACGAAGGUACUUCUGGUUCAUUAUUUUAGCACAAAUCGGUCCGUAUAAAGUCUUAAUGCCUGUGCUUUCAAUCACACAUGUAAAAAACGUGCUGAAGCAACGCUGCAACCUGCGCAUGUGCUUUUAAUUUCAAUCUACUGUAAAAAAAUAGCCCGAGGCUUUCUGUCUCAUCAGGCGAAUCUCUGAUGCUGUAAUUCGAAAAUGUGCUGCGUUUCGCUUGUAAGAUGAAUAAAAAUGUGCGUGCGUUUUCA